AUGAAGUGUCGCAUCUUUUGCGCCGUGCUGCUAAGUGCCCUAGUGCGUAUCGGCCACUCGUGGGAUCUGCGUUCGAUCGGGAUCGAUCGAUUCCGCGUGCGGCACGUUUCGCUGUACCACUCGAGGGCAUUCUUGACGAUUGAAUCAUCCAACGUGUCGCUGGUGGAAGCAACCUGGCCCGAAAAUACUGGCAAUCAGUGGCCUCGAGUACUGUCGAGCGAUUGGGACGAACGGUCGUGCCGUGGAUUGCGACAGGUGCUGGGAACGGAUAUCGAUCGGCUCGCUCGACUGUGGGUACUUUGCGGUGCGGACCGGGACAAGUUGAUCUGUCCACCGAAACUGGUCAUUCGCAGUUUGCUUAGCCCCGGUACGGGUGAGAUACACCAUCAGUUUCGUGCGGCCGAUAAUCAGCGCUUUCACACGAUUGUUGUUGACCCAGUCCCAGCAAGUGAUGGAGAUACACGUGCGUAUAUAACGCUCCUGGAUGAGGAUCAUGUAUUGCUGUACUCUCUGUUUAAACGUACGGUAGGCAAGCUACAAUUUCAAAAGAACGAUCUCACCUCAAUGCAUCCGAUCUCACUUUCGGAGGUGACCAUCAACAACAACCACCUCUACGUAGCGGAUACGGUGAGUGAUCGCUUGUUCGCACUUCCCGUCCGGAACAUACGUCAGCUCGCCUUUCCGGAAGAUGGCGUGCGGAAGAUUAUUAUGAAAACGAAUGUUACCUACCUCGGGCGGUUGCUCGGUCGGCCGUGCGGGUUGAAGUUGGAUUUCCACGACAAUCUGCUGUACGUGCUACAACGCGACGGUGCGAUUGUCAAGUGGACACCGGGACGUUCGCUGAAGGCGGAAAACCAUCGCGUUAUCCUGCAGCAAGGUUCGAACAUCACGCAGAUCAUCCUCGGAAUCGCCGGAAAAGCUUGGGCCGUGUCCGGGGAGUACAUUUCACACGAGACCCAUCGACACUGCAUGAAGAUUGGGGUUUAG